CCCACAGCCCGAGGUCCCGCUUGGCCUCGAACUUCUUUCACACCACCUUUCAAACUUUUCGUUGACAGUAUACGCACUUUAAGGCCACCAAAGACAAAUCAGCGGACCUCGGUACGCAAUAUUCUCCGAGAUCCUUGCCCCGCUGACGCGUCAACCCGUCGUUAGCCGCAACGAGCUAUUAAAGCAGAAACCAUUGAACAGAAGCGAGGGCGGGACCGUGGUCUGCUGGUAUCCCUCGAAAGUCUCGACGCUUGACACGAUCGAACACUCUCACGUUACCACGCAGAGAGCGUAUUCUGAACACGCGAGUGGUUCCAUCGGCCGGGACUGUCCUUGGCAUGGCUUCCCAUUUCCUAUCCGGAAAGCACAUCGUUGUUGCGGGCGCUGGCUUGGCAGGGCUUUCCUUUGCGACUGCUCUCCGCAAGCAGUGGCCCGCUGCGGUACCGCCCCCGCGUCUUACGAUAUUUGAGCGUGACAAGGAUGAGGACGCAGCUGGGCGACAGGGUUACACCAUAUCUAUUGCCGGCUUCGACAACAACGGCGGUCUCGUCGCACUCAAGGACCUUGGCCUGCUCGACGAAGCCCUCCAGCAUGCUCUGUUGGGCGUGGAGGGCCGUGGCAGCUUCAACAUCUGGGAUGCCGAUUGGAGGAGAGUCAUGAGUGUGCGCCUCCGUGCUGCGAACGGUCUGCCGACUCCGGGCAUCAGGAUCGCCCGGAAGUAUCUUCGCCAAAUUCUUCUAAAGGCCGUGACAGAUGACGUCCGGUGGGGCGUGGCGUGCGAGUCAGCAGCGAGGCUAGAAAACGGACGAGUAUCAGUCCAGGUCGUCGGAGAAGGUAUCGGGCCCGACCAGUCGACUGUCGAGUGCGACCUGCUCAUCGUGGCGGACGGUGCAAGCAGCAAGAUCAGAGCAUGCCUGCGGCCGGACGACGGCCUGGAAUACGCCGGAGCCGUCCAGAUGGGCGGUAUUGCACUCUUCCCCGACGGGAUUCCGCCGCCAGUGAACGAGAACUGGGGUAUGCAAAUCUCGGGCGGCCAAGGUGUCUGCUGCUUCUACUCGCCCGUCGACGAGCAUGGUGUCGUUUGGGCGCUCAGCUUCCUCGAGCCCAAACCCCGUCCGAGACUGGCGAACUCCGGUUCCGCCGAGGCAACCCGCCCGGUGAUCGAAGAAGCGCGCGCAAGAGGACGCAUGUUGGGCCCUUUGUUUCACACCAUAGUAGACGCCACUACGAAUCCCGCCGACGUGUUCUGCUUCCCCGCGAGAGAUAAGAAGCCUUUCUAUCACAGCGCAGACGCAGGGCCGAUCAUCUUCAUUGGCGAUAGCAACCACGCGGUGAGCCCCUUUGCUGGCUUUGGCGCGAACCUAGCUUUGAAAGACGGCUGGGAUCUGGCCCAGAAGCUCGUCGCAGCAACCUCGUUGAAGAACGCAGUCCAGGGAUUCGAUGCUCUCAGCGUUCCCCGGGCCAGCAAGGUCUUAGAGACGUCGAGAUGGCGGAUCAAGUACGCUCACAGCACUGGUCUCAGGUUCUUCUUUUUCCGCUUCCUACUUGUUGUCCUUGGGUUCGCGCUGUGGCUUACAGGACGAAGCUGAGAACUAAGCCAGCUAACACUAGCAUGGCACCUAUUCGAAGACAGGGUUUUGUCAGCUUAACUAGUGGCCUCUCGACUCUACAC